CUACUAUCUAUAAAUACUCUCUCUCUCUCUCUUUCCACAUUCAUCUCAAAUCUCAUUCUUCAAACACUUCUUCUUCACUCAACAACAAUUUUCUCAUUUUACACUUCAAACCUCAAUCUCUCUACUAUGGUUAAGUCUCAGAAUAUCAACAAGAUCAAACAAGAACCAUUAACAAAAACAAAACCAAUUGUUAUCUCGGAUAAUAGCAAGAAGAAGAAGUAUAAAGGAGUGAGAAUGAGAAGCUGGGGUUCAUGGGUAUCAGAGAUUAGAGCACCGAAUCAAAAAACAAGAAUAUGGUUAGGUUCUUAUUCAACUCCGGAAGCAGCUGCUAGAGCUUACGAUGCUGCACUUUUAUGCCUUAAAGGUUCAUCUUCAGCUUCAAAUCUCAAUUUCCCUUUAACAACAACAUCUUCUUCAAACUGCAUUAUUCCUCAAGAUAUGUCUCCAAAAUCAAUCCAAAGAGUUGCUGCAGCUGCUGCAAAUAAUCUCAAUCUCAAUGUCAAUGUUGAAAGUAACACUCCCUCUUCAUCAUCAUCAAUGGCUUCUUCUUCUUCGUCUUCUGAUGAGGUUUCAAUUAUGUCGUCUUUUGAUCAAGCUAACGAUGAAAUGAAGAAUAUGAUGGAAAGUAAUUGGUAUGGAUUAGAAGGUUUAGAGUCUCCGAAAUAUGUUGAUCAGAUGAUGAUGAGUGCUUCUUUCGUUGAUUUUGGAUAUUCAUCAUAUUUGUUUGAUGAUGUGUAUGAAGAAAGUGAUAUUCGUUUGUGGAACUUCAGUUGAAGAAACUUAUAUCUUUUUUUUCUUCUUAAAAUUCAAUUCAAUAUAAAUUUCAAUUCUUUUCUCUUCGGUGAUACUACUUGAAGAUAUUAGUGUAAGAAAUAAAUAUAUGGCUCUAAUGCUACAUGUUAGAAUAUAUUGUAAGUGUUCAAAUUUGUAUGUCUUUAUUGAUGUAAGGCUUGUUAUGUCAAUGUCAUGAACAAAGGGAGGAAAAUUUAUAUGUAGUCAUAAAUAUCAUGUAUCAUGAUUUUAAAUUGCGGCCGCGGAUGUGGUUGCGGGAGUUGCAAUUGCACGUAUUGCAAUUACUGUGAUGCGUCUUGCGGCCAUUGCGGCGUGAAUUUAUUAAGUUUUUGAAAGACAAUGUUAAAAAGUACCUAAUGCUAAGGUUUUCUAUUGUAAAUUGAGUUUUGAGGUUUUGAAAUGUUGAUAUUUGAUGAAAAUACUUGAAAAA